AUGCCGACUGAACUCGAAGAUCUGGUGGAAUUCCUGCACCAUGGCAAUACCCCAAUCAGACAAAUCUCUUGCGAAACCCUCGUCGGCUUCUCCACCACCCAGCCUGAGGUGUUCAAGCGCAAUCAACUCCUACCCGUUCGCGAUUUGAUGCUUCUGGUCCGCGAUUACGACCCCAUUGCGAAGAAUGCAUUGACUAUCCUGGUCAAUUUAUCUGGCGAUGAAGAAGUGUUGAAACUCCUCGCCGGGGAUGACAAGUUUAUUGAGGAAUUGCUCACGAAAUUGACAAAUCCUAAAGAGCCCAACGCCGAUGAAGUGGCUAUGCUUUUAGCCAACCUCGUCAAAUCCGAAAACCUAAACAAACUAUUCGCCCUCAAGCGCAAAGUUCCCGAAUCCGUAUCUACCUCCGAGAACGCGAUCGAUCAGGUGAUGGACUGCUUCGUGAAGGGUGCCGAGGGUGGUCUCAACAAGCACGCCAAUUAUGAUUACCUGUCGUACGUGUUUGCCGACCUCUCCCAGACCGAACAGGGCAGGGCCUAUUUCACUCAACGCCAGGAGUACGAUGGGGUGGUCCCCAUCACCAAGCUGACGGUCUUCACGGAGCACCGAAGCGAUAUCCGGAGGAAGGGUGUUGCAUCCACAAUCAAGAAUGUGGCUUUUGAGAUCGACUCGCACCCAAUGCUUUUUGACGAGGACGGUGCCAACCUUUUGCCUUACCUAUUGCUCCCGCUUGCAGGUCCAGAGGAGCUGGCGGAAGAUGAUACGGCGGACAUGCUGCCAGAUCUCCAGCUGUUGCCGCCCGAUAAGCAACGAGACAGCGACCCUACCAUUAUCACAACCCAUCUCGAAACCCUGCUUCUCCUAACCACAACUCGGGACGGCCGGGAGAAGAUGCGAGCAGUCAAGGUUUACCCAUUGAUCCGCGAAACUCAUAUGCACGUUGAAGAUGAAAAUGUGACAGAGGCAUGCGACCGGUUAGUGCAAGUCCUGAUGCGAGACGAGGCAAAGGAAGGUGAGGGUGAAGGCGAAAAGGAGCCCGAACAACCUCAAAUCGAGGCGCCUCAAAACGAGGAUGAAAAGGUUGUAGAACUCGCGAGCGACAAUGGAAACUACCCCGAAAUCGACAAUCCACUACCCGGCGUGAACCCCGACACAGGGAUUGUUCAGCGCUUUCGGGCCUUCAUGGCGGGCGCCCCUCUUCUUCGUUCAUCGCCCGUCCUGGGCGCUCCCUCUUACGGAGCAUUGCGAGACCCGGACGGCUCAGAAGAGGACACACCCGUUUCGCGUGGGCCGAAAGUUCGUGGGGGGUUACACCGCGCGAGCUUCGGAGAUGGCAUCGGAAGUUCUUCCAACGUACCAGGGUCUACUCCGAGACGAUCACAUUCCUUUGUCAGACAACGAAACAGCUUGUAUGCAGAGAGAAAUCGUCGGCCUUCAUCCGCCGCGUCCGAUGUGGGAAUGGGUCCUGAUUCGAAAUACUCGUUCGCUACUGGAUUGGCUGUACCGGGUAACCCGGUGAUGCAGGAGACUCCGGCGUCUUCACCAUAUAUGACAAGUGAUGAUGAAAAUGUCCUCGACAUUGAUGAUGAUGAUUCAAAAUCCUCGGAUGAGGAUCCUCCAGACAAUUCGCCGUAUGCCCAAGUUCGGGCUUCCGUUCCGGCGACGGAUAAUUUCUCUCUUUCUAUUAACACACCUCGAAUGUGGAUUCUUUCGUUGUUAUUCUCUUUGACGGGGUCUGCCGCCAACCUUUUCUUUUCCUUGCGCUAUCCCAGUGUUGCCAUUACACCAAUCAUUGCUCUUGUUCUAGUCCAUCCACUGGGCAAGUUUUGGGAUUUAAUUUUCAGACAAACAGGUGAUCCGCUCGAGUUUUUUGAAAACGGAACCCUUCACCACCGGGAAUCACUCUCCGGUGACAUCGAGGCCCCUCCUGUUCCAUUGGCGUCCCGAGUCAGACUUUGGUUUGCCCAGGGCCGUUGGAACGAAAAGGAGCAUGCUUGCGUUUACAUUAGCAGCAAUGUUUCCUUUGGGUUUGCUUUCGCGACUGAUGUUAUUGUCGAGCAACAUAAAUUUUACAACCAGGAUGUUCCAAUUAUAUAUCAGCUGCUGCUCAUCAUAUCCACUCAGGUUUUGGGAUAUGCAUUCGCGGGUCUAACUCGACGAUUCCUCGUGCGGCCAUCGGCUAUGAUCUGGCCGGGGACCCUGAUGUCCACUGCAAUGUUCUCUACAAUGCACAAGUCUGUCAACAAAAAGGCAAAUGGGUGGAGUAUCUCCCGAUAUAAGUUCUUCGUUGUUGUGUGGGCAGGGGCUUUUCUCUGGUAUUUUGUCCCGGGACUGUUGAUGCCUGCUCUAAGUUAUUUUAAUGUGAUCACUUGGUUGGCACCCAAAAAUGUGGUGAUUUCGAACUUGUUUGGUGUUGCCUCUGGUCUGGGAAUGUUCCCCUUGACCUUCGAUUGGGCUCAGAUUGCCUAUAUUGGCUCGCCAUUACUCACGCCUUGGUGGGCCGCGGCUAACAUCGUCACGGGACUGGUGGUUGUCAUCUGGAUAGCCGCCCCAAUACUUUUGUUCGACAAUUCCGGGCGACCAUACAACGUGAGCCGAAUAUUGACGACGGAUUUUUUGUUUGAUGAAAAGGCCUAUCAAGAUUACUCCCCGGUUUAUCUCCCAAUCACCUACGUGCUGUCUUACGGUGUUCAGUUUGCUGCUUUGACGUCCCUUGUUUCUCACACCAUUUGCUGGUAUGGGAAGGACAUUUGGCAACAGACUAGGAAGGCCUUUGAGGAAAAACGGCAAGUGCCAGGCAUGGAGACGUACCAACCCCUUCGUGGAAGCAAUGAUGCUCCCCGACAGAGUUAUGAAAUCCCAAGGACUAGCUCACGUGAACCGAGCCAGGACAUUCCAUUGGGAGGGGAAGAUGUUCAUUGUCGCUUGAUGAGGCGCUAUAAGGACGCUCCACUCAUGUGGUAUCUUGUUGUGUUCGUUUCUAUGCUUGUCAUUGCCAUCUUCACGCACAAAAGUUAUCCAACACAUCUACCUUGGUAUGGCCUACUCCUGGCUCUUGGUAUCACUUCUGUGUUUUUCAUCCCAGUGGGCAUCAUCAUGGCUGUCACCAAUCAGCAUAGCAGCCUCUAUCUGAUCUGCCAACUCCUUUGCGGUAUUGUAUUCCCGGGAAGGCCUGUAGCGAACAUGAUUUUCGUGACCUACUCAUAUAUCAGCUCUGCACAAGGGAUCAAAUUUUCCUCGGACCUCAAGCUCGGACAUUACAUGAAGAUCCCACCACGAAUUCUGUUUGGCGUCCAGAUGAUGGCGACUUUAGUCUCGAGUCUGACUCAAAUUGGUGUGCUGAACUGGAUGUUCACUUUUGUCCCGGGACUUUGCACCCCGGAGGCUAUCAACGGUUUCAACUGCCCCAUUGCCCGAGUCCAUUUCAAUGGCAGCAUUCUAUGGGGAGUCGUUGGCCCGCAGCGCUUCUUUGGCCCAGGAGGGCUAUACCGUCCGCUUGUCUGGGCCUUUUUGAUAGGAGCCAUCGCGCCUCUCGGAGCGUGGCUUCUGGGGAGACACAGCAAGAAGAGUUUCUGGCGUAUGGUCAACUUCCCUAUCUUGUUUGGCAGUCUGAGCUGGAUCCCACCUGCAACCGGGCUCAACUUUUCCAUCUGGGCCCUUGUAUGUUUUGUGUUCAAUUAUGUGAUCCGGCGAAGAAGGACCGCAUGGUGGGAAAAAUAUGCAAUGACCUUGUCGGCCGCAUUGGAUUCCGGUUUGGCAUUUUCAGUGGUCGUUGUCUUCUUCGCCUUCAUUUACCCGGGAUGGGUCGAUGGUUUCAAAUGGUGGGGGACGGAGAUUUAUAAACAGGCUACCUCUGUUCUGUCCUUCCACCCUAGUGCGAUACUUCGCGUCACCUUCUACCACUCGUACGACUUCGUCCUGUACGUCGGCAACAUGUCGACUCCGACGAAUCCAUCGAAUGCUCGCACUCCAACCGGCCCAAAUGGUGCACCGCUGAUGAGGAUGCGUCGUCCAAAAGCAGCGGAUCCUUUGGUUCGACCGAAGAGAAGGCCUGUUCCCAGACCAGCUGGCGCCACUCCUGCCGGCAAUGGAGUAGCCACCAAGACUCUUCCCUCACGGCCGCAAAGGCCCCACAACCAGGCGAUCCUCCCGUCCGAGCGACCUAUGCUUGAGCUUUCGAACAACCACAUGGCAGCGAAUGGAUUCAGCGGUCCUUUGCUCAGUGAUAAAUACGUUGAUUACCCGGUGGUGACGACAAAGCGAGCUCUAAUGGAGGGACUGAAGCACCAUAUCGCGCGAUUUGCCUCGAAGAAAAGCGUCGACCCACGUGAUGAAUCACAAUUUACGCGACCAGUUCGACUUCAUCGCCGCGACCCACGUUCACGAACUCAUGAUCCAAAUUCGGGGAGAUCCGAGAUCGAUGGCCAGCCAAUGGAUGAAGCGGAACGCGAAGCCUUCGAUGCUCGCAAGGCAGCACGUGAAAAAGAGCGCGCUGAGAACCUUUCCCAAAUCGCCCCCGCCCUCGGCUCAACCUCGAAACGACCAAAUGCCCCAAAGCAGAAGACGCAGCAGGUUUUCAAGUCGGAUAUGACCCCCGAAGAGAUUGCAAGAGCACGGAUCAAGUACGAAGAAGCCUUGCCAUGGCAUCUGGAGGAUUUCGAUAACCAGCACACCUGGGUUGGAAACUACGAAGCAGCCCUGUCCGAAACACAUGCGAUCUUUGUCCUCGACAACGGAAAGAUGAGAAUGAUUCCGGCCGAAAAGUGGUACAAGUUUAACGCUAAGAGUAAUUUCAAGGCUUUGACGAUUGACGAAGCAGAGAAAUUCAUGGCUAAGAGAGUGAAAGACCCCCGAUGGUUCAUGGAGAAGCAGCAGCAGCUGGAGCAAGAAAAAGAACUGGAAACAUACGCCAAGCAGCGCAAAGUCUAUGCCGGAAAACAGGGCACAACCGCCGGAAAGGGUGCGGGAUUAGAAGCUGGUGAAAUGGAUUUCGAAGAGGAUCGAUUUGCCGACGACGAAGAGCAUGAUGACCUCUUCAAUGAGGAUGAAGAUGCCAAGGAUGCGGAAAAGAGGAUCAAAGAGGACCAGCUCAAGGCGAAUGUGUUCAAUCUCAAGGACGAGAAGGAAUAUGACGCUGAAGAAAUGCGAGAGAAACGUGAACGAGAGGCCCGGCGUGUGUUGGGCAAGGGUGUGCGCAAGGCUCUGAAGAGGAGAGAACGGAACUUUGAUUACAGCAGCGGUUCUGAUGUCAAUCCGUACACAGAUGAGGAGAGCUCCGACGACAGCGAAACCGAACGGGCCAAGGAGGAAGAACGGAAGAAGGCAGAAGAAGAAAAGAACCAAAAAGAAGCGCUCUCCAAGGGAGCAAAUACUCCUUCCGGUCGACCCAAGCAUACAGACGCCCUAAAGAAAGCUUCGGCUGCUGGAUCACGGAAAAGGCUUGGAUCACCAAACGCUUCCGACGCGAGCGGCACCGAUACAUCUCGAAAGAAGGCCAAAAACAUGCAUCUCCCUACGUCUCAACCCCCAUCGCGUCCGAUCUCUCCAUCCGCUUUGCAGGGCAAGAAACGCGUACGAAACAUUGCUGGUGGCGCUGGAUCUGGCAGUGAUGGCGACACUGCUGCCGGAUCUGGAGCUGAAAUGACCGAGGGUGGCAAGAUCAAGAAACUGAAACUCAACCCCCCUACUUCGGUUUCUCGUGGCGGCACUCCACAAGGGUCUCGCGGCGCAAGUCCUUUGCCUCGACUCUCCGGAAGCCGUGCCAACAGCCCCGACGGCCCUAGAGGCCUUCGUAUGUCGACUCCAGUUUCUGGCAACCAGACGUUCCCGACAGCUGGCGAAAUCCACGCAGCCAUCCCAGCAUCUGGCAUCCUCAGCAGCGACCUCUUGAAAGUUUUCCGCCCUCGUAUUGGCGAAUCCAAGGAGAACCACCGGAGAUUUAUUGCCAUUGUCAAGGAUGUCAGUGUUUAUGGAAAAGAGGAUCGGAUGCUGCGACCAGGUCCCUGGAAGGGCAACUGA